AAUCUUGACAAUUAUGUGUGCAUACUUGUAUCAUUCUUUUUCUCCAUUCAGAUUGGCCUUUUACUAUGAUUUGGUUUCAGUUUCAGCUAUGUUUGUGGCUCUUUCUAGUUUUCUCAUGGGUUUUCAUCUUUUACUUCUACUCUUCAUCCUCUCCUUUUAUUUGGGGGUUCUAUUGUAUUUUUCUUUAUUCGAAUGUCUAGUCUGUGAAUUCCUUGUAGAUGUUCUUCCGGUUUGUGUUAUUUCGACUGUUUUGCAGUUUGUGUUUUUUUUUUUCACUUUGCAGGUAAGCUGCUUAGAGGAGUGUAUCCUUAUUCUGAUUUCAUAGUUUGUAUCCGGUAUUGGUUGGGCUUUUACCAUAAACCUGCUUGUAUGGGGCUUUUUGUUUGUUUUGUAUGUUGAUUUUGCAGGUGCAUCGUGGUGCGUUGCUGAUGGUCGCGUGGUGCAUACCCCCUUUGUGUUUAAGUGUUUUAUCAUUACACUCUAAAUUGCGUUUUUGCAUGUGACGCGUCCGAUUUGCUUUUUGCGGCUGGUGGUCUUUUGUAUGAGCAAGAAUUUUGGAAAAGUUGUUUUCCAUAUUUGUUGCAAUUCAGUUGUUUUGCAGUUUAUGUGUUUAUUCAUUUUGCAGGUGGAACUACUUACAGGGGUAUAUUCAUGUCUUACUUUAUUUGUUAGUUUAUAAUGUAUUAUCAGUUUAUUAAGUUGUUCAGGGCUGUCCAUAUUAUGGCUUAAAAAAUUCUUGAAUCGAUAGUUCACUUAGUAGUAACCAUCGUAUUUAUGUUUUUUCUAUGGGAUAAAUUACAUGUUUGGUCACUCAAAUUACAUAAAUCUUUCACUUUUGCCACCCGAAUUACUUUUCUUUCUAAUUGGCCACUAACUUUACGAAUCAUUUCACCGUUAGUCACCGGCCAUUAGUCUCCGACAAACUCCGUUAGUUUUUUUAUGACGUGGCAAACGAGACUGAUGACUGGAUGGUUAACUUAAUGAUAAUGUCAAUUAAAAAAUAAUAAUAAAUAAUAAAUAAUUAAUUAACAGGUGGUAUGCACCCCACCGUGAACUUCCUCCGCUGAUCGCCAACGGCCAGCGUUUGGCAAGUUGCCGCCCUUUUCCGUUGGGAGAUUUGAAGUCCUUCAGAGGCUGUCUCCGGAAGGGAUGGUCAACCGGGUAGCGAGUUUUCCAGGUCGAGCUCGUUCGCCUCAAAUCUAACCACCGACCUGUAACCCACUCGAGUCGUCGACUCGUCGUCAUCGAUGGAGGACUAGCCAUCACUACUUGGAGCAGGAUUGUAACUGCCAUUAAUGGAAGCAUUGAUUCGAAAUUUCUUACCCAGCAGAAGAGUUGGCUCCAUCGUCCCCGCCGCCGCCGCUUUAACCAUUCCCUUGCUGUGAUUCACUCUUUUCACGAACCGCUCCGCGUCAAAUCUGGACCAGGAGCAUUUUCCUCUCUCCUUCAACGGCGAUUUACAAUGAUUCGUCGCGCAAUGCAGGCGGAGGAGCGCGGAGAACAAGUCGUUCUCCUCGCGAACUAUAGUUUCGAAACCAGAUCUGGAAGCAGAGGGAGUGGAAGAAGAACGGAAGAGGAAACAACGUCAGAUCUGGAUGCUAGGCUGGACUGGAGGAACAUCCGCAGGAAGAGGCAAAACUCGUGUCCUCCACCAUGUGGCUGACGUGGAGGUUGGCCAUGGAUAUGGUUCCCCGCUGGCCGGUACAACCUGCCCAUCCCUUAGAGAGAAAAAGAAUUAGCAGAGGAAAAAUCGUUGGGUAAUCCUCUGCUUUUUUCCUCCUCCUCCCGACAAUCCUGCCGCCGCCGCGAGCGAUUGAGCUGGUGGCAUAGUCGAGCCAGUAAUUCCACCUUCUCCCUCUUCCAGCAAGGUGGUUCUUGGACAGGAACUGGUGGGGAACGAGACGGGUGGGAAGGGGAGGGGGCUCGAAGGUGGAAAGGGCGAAGAGGAGGAAGGAGAAGAGGACCAACAAGGAGUAGGCGGGAGAUGGUGAAUUGAGUUUUGGUAAGGAUUGGGUUGCUGGAAUUGGUUCGUUUCAUGGCUGGUUUUGCAUUAUCCAGAGAAUCGCCAGAGGAAGGGGAGGAGGACAGGGUGUAAUCAUAGCUGUGAACCGUCUGUUUGCCGUCGAAAACGAGAAUCCUGGAGCCCGGCGGAAGAGUUCUUGUGGCUGGAGAAGAAGAACAGGAGGAAGCCCAUGUCACGGUUGCUGUUGUUAGUGGUGGUGGUGUUCUUGGCCCAGUUGGAGUUUGCUAUGAUGCCCAUAGGGGGUCUGAGUUCUGUAGGAAAAAGAUCGCCACCCCACAAAUAUCCACCAUUCUAAUUCACAAUCCCUUUCGGAGACAACCUCCGACGGACAUUGAAUCUCCUAACAGAAGAGGGCAGCAACUAGCCAAUCGCUGGCCGCGGGCGAUAAGAGGAGGAAGUUCACGGUGGGGUGCAGGCCACCUGUUAAUUAUUUAUUAGUUAUUUUUUUUAUUGACAUGUCAUUAAGUUAACCAUCUAGUCAUCAGUCUCGUUUGCCACGUCAUUAAAAAAUCAACGGAGUUUGAUGGAGACUAACGGCCGGUGACUAAUGGUGAAACGAUUCGUAAAGUUAGUGUCAAUUAGAAAAAAAAGUAAUUCGGGUGACAAACAUGAAAAAUUUAUGUAAUUUGAGUGACCAAACGUGUAAUUUAGUCUUUUUCCUAUGUGUAUGUACUUCUGCCUACUUUUAUUUAUGCCAAAAAAAUGCAAAAGCAGGGUGGGGGCCUACUGGCCUAGUGGUUAGACGUUGGAGUGGAGCCGAGCUGAUUCCGGUGAAUUUGCGAAGUUGCUCUGUGUCUUUUUAUGACUUGUCCAUCCAAAGCACCCAACGUCCAAAUCGCUGAUGCUAUAACCCAUAAGAAAGGCCUAAUUUCUGUGCUAUCCACGUGUGCACUUUUUAUUCGCUCUGUACAUUUCUCACAAACAUCUCUCUGCUUUUUUUUUUCUUUGGGAGCCGAGAGUGUGGGACUCUCUUCUCUCUCUCUCUCUCUCUCACACACACACACAUCCCUCCACUUUUAAAAUCCCUCGUCGGAAUAUCGUCGUCGGAACUUAUCUUCCUCCCUCUCCGCCUGAUGCUAAACACCGAAAACCGUUGCAGCUAGUGAUCGCCGGCUCACAGCCUCCGGAGAGCUUACGGGCGUUUGUAGUAUUUAUUCUUGGUCAUCGUUCAUGCUCUGAAACCGUUAUUAUUGUACUACUUUAGGGGAGAGAAGAAAAAAAAAUAGCGUCGAUUGUAUGUCGUUGCUUGACUCAUGGUUGAAUCGCUAGGGUUUUCACUUUAUAAGCUGCACGCAAGAGGAGAGAUGGCUUCCAGCUUAAAUAAAAUUCUUUGUAAUGGAGAGGGAGUAGUAGAGGCAGAAGCCAGCUCUUUACCUGCUUUCUUCUAAUCUUCCGGAUUGACCUGCCUUUUUCCCAUCCACGACUCCUCCGACUGAAUUGGGGAGCUGAGUGUCGCUUGUGGAUUCUCCAAGGACCGUUUGGUAGUGACAGAGGCGAACUGCCGUCGCUGCAGAAUUGCGAGGAAAUCGGUCGCUAGUUGACUGUUUGAGGGAUUUCGGAUGAGGAAACUGAAGCGAGGUAUUGGAGGGAUGAGGAUUUCAGGCACUAUUUGAGGCAGUAAGUUCGGAAGAUGAGUCGCAUCAGGGAGGUUAACGGCGGAGGAGCACAAGUUGUAGAAGCAUACGAACGGCGGUCUAUUGAGAGUAGGUCCGGGGAGAUACAAUCAAAAGCUGGCUUGGGAAACGGUUCGAUCAUUGCUCCUCGACUUUCGAUUGACGAGAGCCUUCUCAUUGAUGCUAAAUCAUUGUUUAUAGGAUCGAAAAUUGGCGAGGGAGCCCAUGGAAAGGUCUACGAAGGAAGGUUUGGUGAAAGAAUUGUUGCUAUCAAAGUUCUUCACCGAGGCAGCACAUCUGAUGAAAGGUCUGUGCUUGAGAAUCGUUUUGCCCGUGAAGUAAAUAUGAUGUCCAAGGUGAAACAUGAGAAUCUUGUCAAGUUCAUUGGAGCUUGCAAGGAUCCAUUGAUGGCAAUAGUAACUGAGCUGUUACCGGGGAUGUCUCUGCGUAAAUUUCUGUUUAGUAUUCGACCAAACAAAUUAGAGCUGCCCUUGGCGUUAAGCUUUGCUCUUGAUAUUGCUCGAGCCAUGGAAUGUCUGCAUGCUAAUGGGAUCAUACACCGAGAUCUUAAACCAGAUAAUCUAUUGCUAACAGCGGAUCAGAAGUCUGUGAAGCUUGCAGAUUUCGGUCUGGCAAGGGAAGAGACUGUGACUGAGAUGAUGACCGCAGAGACUGGGACCUAUCGUUGGAUGGCUCCCGAGCUGUAUAGUACUGUAACCUUACGGCAAGGAGAGAAGAAGCACUACAACAAUAAGGUUGAUGUCUACAGUUUCGCAAUCGUGCUAUGGGAACUCUUGACCAACCGCAUGCCAUUCGAAGGCAUGUCUAAUUUGCAGGCCGCUUAUGUUGCCGCGUUUAAGCAAGAGAGGCCCAGUAUUCCGGACGAUAUACCCCCCGAGCUGGCUUUUAUCAUUCAGUCAUCCUGGGUGGAAGACCCAAACUUGCGUCCCAGCUUCAACCAGAUCAUACGCAUGCUAAACGCGUUUCUGUUCACACUAUCGCCUCCAUCACCGUCCCUGCUAGACUCCCAAGCCGACGAGGCGGCGGGGCCUUCGAGUAAUGGCACGGUGACCGAGUUAUCUGCUCGGGCAAGGGGGAAGUUUGGCUUCCUCAGGCAACUGUUUGCUGCUAAGAGGACAAAGAGCUCCUCCCCGCAGUCACAGUGAGCAGCUAAUUUUUGGAGGAAGUAGUCCUUUCCUUUCCCUCCUCUUUUUGUUUCAGUUCAGCUCAGAGGUGCCCUGCCCUGUCCUCGAAGGUAAUCAAUUGUCUAUGAUGAAAUCGAUUAGCUUGUACCUGGACUGGACACCCAAGGGCAAAAAAAAAAAAAAAUGGAAACGAUACUGAUAGAAACUGAUGGGGAAAUUUAGACAAAAGAAAGACGAAAGAGACAACGACGAUCAGGUAACUGGUAUUGACCCUGUUGUAAAGUAGUCGAGAUGGGUCUAAUUCUAUAACACAAAAGGUGUCUUUUUUUUUUGUUGUUAUCUAUCUAUACUGCUCUUUCCGCAUUAUGGAAUCGGAAGAUGAUUCUUCCACUUUCAUUACCGCAACUGCUGUUGUUACUUGUUGCAACUCCACGCUCAUCGGCGGCGAUGUAUCAUGUUCAGUUUGGAAUGUUAAUGUAUGGCAGGGAUAAGCAACGACGAUUCGGCCAGAUGGCGGGCAGAUAUGCUUACAAGGCAUAUGUGAGAAUGUUCUCACAUUUUAUACUACGGAUGUUUGAAGAUAAUUUGAAAACUAUUCAAGUUAGAAUGCUAUAAUUGAAGUCUCAUCAACUACCAUUUAUACCUGGCCCGUUGGUCGGAGAGAUUUAUUUUAUAAUUUAUAUUAAUUAACUUAUUUAUUUGUUUAAAUCAUUUUGGAUCUUCUAAAUAUUUUGUGUUCUUGAUUCAUAAAAGAGUUUGUAGUAUGUCUAUAUUGAAAAUUUCCAAUAUUUAGCACACUCACUUCUGAUGCUUCGGUUUUCUAAUCAUAAAUUAUGCCGCUGUCACGUCCCACUUAUAACUUAUGUCAAAAUUUGUCAACCAAAACACUAAUAUUUAGCGUACGCCAACCUGAACCACACACACUACCAUAUGACCAUUGAGUUUUACUAUUUAGACUCCGGAGUUUUUUGGGGCAUGAUACUAUACCCUAACCUCUAAUAGGUGAACUCUAAUCCCUAAUUCUCUAACCUCUAAUUUAUGCAAAUACUUUGUCAUACCUAUCUUCUAUCAUAUCUUGAGUAAAAUGAAAAUAUAGUAUACCUUGAUAUUUUAUAUAUAUAUAUAUAAGUGCUACUCGCCUAUCCCCACCCUCGGGAUAAAGAUCCCGCUUUUACCUCAUAACGUCAGACAACCAUUGAGGUUGUCUAUUGUUUGAUAUGUAAUAUAUAAAGAGGGAAAUUCUAAGAUGAUGCUAUUUAUUUCUUAUCCUCUCCCCCCCCCCCCCCCUUUAUGGAGAAUGAAAGGGGUAGGGAUGAAAGGAUCAUAGCUCGAUAUGCUUUUAUUCUGUUCAUCGUAUCGGAGGUUAUGUUCUUUUUUUUUGUGCUUCUUUUCAUUCUUCUUUGAUACCUAUGGUUGUGACCAUAGGUAUUUAGCCCCCGAAAGGGAUUGAGAUUUUAGGUCCUUUGGAAAUCCAAUACACAUUGAUGAUCCUCAAGUUUGGACGAACUCUUGACCAAUGUUGUAAAGAUUGGGACUUUUUAGUGAGACAUUCUUAGUAAAGAUACUUCAUUAUU